GUAUUAUCAAUGUAGUAAACAUCGGUCAUUUUCAGAACUGUUCUUAUAUACUUUGUAAAACACAUGUAUAAGAUAGAAAGAAUAUUUCCGUCGGCUCGUUAUAGAUUUGGAAUUUUGUAGGAGUAUUUUUAAGAUCGAGAAUAUAAUUGAAAGUGUAUAUUAAUAUAUUAAGAUAAAAUAUUACGAUUGUAUUUUCCGAAGGAAAACUUUGAUGUAACCAUCUUUCAAAGAAUAAGUUUGAUUUAUAUGUAAAUUUGAUAAUGCAGCACACAGUAAAAUAUUGCAUUUGAAAAUGUAUAAUAAAUAUUCUAUUCUAAGCUGAUCGAAUCAUGGAUAAGGAAUGGAUGCCUAAAGUUGAUUUGAAGAAAGAUAGAGCUAAAAUCAAAAAUAUUCAUAUUUCCUUAAUGAAUGAGAUAGAGAAACAGAACUCGGAGCGAGUGAAACAGUUGAUGAAACUUCGAAGGUCGAAUCGAAUACUCGGUAGUAUAUUAGGAGUUACAGUUUUGUCAAUCUAUUUCUAUACAAUAUACACGGUGAAACAAGAAAAGUUCUUAGAUGAUUUUAAUGAGCCCGAGAAGAUAAUCAUACCACCUCAAACCAACGUAUAAAU